CUUUCCAAUGAAAUAAGGUGACUACUCUGUUUUUUUAAUAAUUUUUAAACGACAGUUGCUAACGCAGCCACACUUAAGGAGUUGUAAAUAAGUUGAAGCCUGACAAAUCAGUUCUUAAUUUUCUCUCGAACGAUACCACGUCCGUCGAAAUUCAAUGUGGAUACUUCGUCGAACUGGGAAGGACAUACGUCUGGCUCCACAAUGAAUUUAGCUGAAUCAGACACAGAGGAGGUCGAGGAGUCUCCAGACUAUUUAUUCAGUGAUGAUAAGAUAAAUAAUUUUUAUGACAGCGAGGAUAAAACUACAUUAGAAAGCAGCAAGGAAGGCAGGGCCCCAAUGACAGCGGAAGGUCCAGAAUCAGAUAAUCCAUUGCCACCACCGAAUUCAUCGGGGUUAGUCAAUAUCCGCCGCUUACCCAUCAAAUACAUGAAGAAUCAGGAGCCGUUGGUACGCAGGUCGGAGUCAAAACCUUCUGGCGAUAGAGAGGUACCCCCGAUAAUGGUACCAGAGUCCUUAAAUGACCACAAGAAGCACAAUUAUAUAAACCAUCCGGAUUCGUAUGACUCUGACCUGCCAACCUCGGAUGAUAUUUGGCAGACCUUUAAGGAAAUAGGGGAGGGAUUGGUGCCGUCGGAAGCAGAUUGGCCUCUACGUUGUAGGGAAACGAAUGCUGCGGAGGGACUUUUUAACGGGGAAAAAGACAGCAAGUGUAUCAAUGACUCCAAGCAUCGUCGCAUUUUUAGCGAUGCAGAAAUCGCCUUUAAUCACAUAAAUAUUGGUGAGGAGGAAGACCGGGCCCUGGAUGAUUGGAUACAAUUGGAGGGGCUGAACGAACCUCAAAGCGAUAUUGAAGAGUUUGAUAAGCUAUUGAGCUUAGCUAGAGACCUGGAGAAGAAUCGGGAUGUCCUGUUUGAUAUGUUAAAGCCCAAAAACCUUCCUACCACGCAGGCAAAAUUGAAUGAGUUACCUUGUAAACUCUAUGCUGUUGAGCCGCAGUGCAGAACACGUGCGCCCGAUGAAAUGAUGUUGGAAGCUAUUUCCGAAGACGACGUUCCAGAGAUUAACAUUGUUGAGUUAUUUAAGGAAAUGGAACUGCAUGGGCUUAGACCAGAGCGCCCCGUCAUUCUUGAUGUUAGAGAUAUUGGAUCAGUCCCGGCGAAGCCCGAAGAUGAGGCAGCGAUUCAGGACUGGCUACAGCAAUGCAGUGGCAGCAUUUCCCAUCAACUACAGUUUCCGAUUAAUGAGCAGAGUGGCAAGCCAACGUCCACGGAUCCAGGAGCCAUUGAUUUCGAAAGCGAGAUAGACAAGGAACAGACAAAGGCCAGGACAUCGGGAAGGUCCAUUCGGUGCUCUCCCCCUGAGAACGAAUGGCAGAAUAGCUUCGCAGUGCGCCUUGGGGACUUCGAGGAUAUCAUUGACCAAAGUAUGACGGAGUACAGGGACCCGCAAGCCAAAAAACCCCGCUCUAAGUGGAACCACCAAUAUGGCUUCAAGUCCACAGAGCGAUUGGCGAGAUCGUUGGUGCUUCCACCCUUGCCAGCUCAUAUCGAGCAGUGCCUCCAGAAGAUCAGGAUUCUAAGACGUCCCACCAAACGUCAAAGCGAGUUCCCGAGCUUGCCUGUUGGAAUGAAGUUCUGCAAACUGUUUUGCACCCUGCAACUGAACACAAACUUGGAUCUAGAUAUGGCUGCAAAGACCCUUGAUAACGCCAUUUACAAUAGAGAUGUGGGUGUGAUCGAAGUGCGGUAUGAGGCCACGCAGAUAGGCUGGAUAUGGGCCAAUGGCACCGUGAUGAUUCUCAACGGCAGAAGUAACGCAAUGUUGGCCGAAACCCAAUGCGAUAUCGUGGCGAAGAUUAUGGGGAGGGAGAAUUUCAAGGCCGACCCCUCCCACAAGUUGUUACAUUUACGUCUCUUUUCCGUUGCCAACUAUCCCUGGGGUGUUAAUUUGGAUAAAUUUAGUGAGCUCCACUGCCUUUCUUCAGAACCAUUCCUUCGUGAGAUGAAGUUCUGCUACUACGUGAAUAAGAAUGUGCCCGGAGUGGCAGCCAGGCUUUAUGAGUCGGGAAUCGUCCAAGUGUUUGCCAUGACCACGGCUGAGGCGGAUGAAAUGCUGAAGAAAGUGUACCUACUUUCAGCCAGUUAUCGAAUGCCCGAACUCAAAAAUAAAACAAAAUACAAUCGAGUCCAAAAAUUAAAAUAAAAGGUUAAAAAAAACAAAAUAACAAGAGCAAAAACUAAAACAUCAAAAAAUAUGUGUUCAAUAUGUACGCAAUUAAAUAUAAAGUAUAAUCAAUUUUUAUAUUUCUGAGUUAAGCGCUUAGGGAUACCAUUAUCAAAACUAUUGAUUAAAGUUAGAAAAAAAUACCCCUUACACUUUUACAAAAAUUUAAAAUGUAAGCGCAAGACAGGUGAAAGUUUAAGCGUUGCACCGUGCUGAAGUAAACUUAUUCUGCGAAAGAACGUCUAGAACCUCCAUGCCUAGUCCCAACUUCCUACCUCUUAAAGUUUUCGAGAUGUCACCGUUGACACGGACGAAUGGGCUGACUGAUAUUGCUGGAUCGACUCGACUGGUGAUCCUAAUCAAGAACAUACUACAAAUACUUUAAGGGUCGCUACGCUCUACUUUCUGACGAAGCUAAUGAACCCCUUUCCUCAACGAGAAAUGGAUACUCAAAAUGUAUGAAAUAAUAAGAUCUAAGAACGACUUCAAAGUACAAAUAAAGAAUAUCGCUCACCAAA